UGUUAGCAUUUGAAAUCUAUUUACCACCAUCGGUAUAGUAAAAGAAGGAUAUCGUUUGUAAAAAUUUACUAAUAAAAAAUAAGAAUUAAAAAAAAUUUAAACAACAUUAUUUUAUUUGAAAAACUGUUUAAUAAUAACACUUUAUCAGUAUAUGAAUGGGACGAUGGAUGAUACAGGUACUUAUAAAAAGCUAGAAGAUACAUCUGGUACCAUGGUUUCUUGUCAAAUUAAACAGGAACCACUGAAAGAGGGGUAUCUUCAGAAGCAGAAUGGUUGGCUACAGGGGUGGAAGCUAUACUAUUUCCAGGUAUAUUGUGGAAAGAUCUGUUAUAAAAAUUCAAAAUCAACACAAGAAUUUAUGGUCAACAAAAUAUGUGUUGCAGAAUGCAGUGUUAACAACUUUAACAAUAGUUUUGAGGUAAUAAUUGGUAACUUAGAAUUGAUUUUAUCAACUGACACCCGUAAAGAUAUGGAAGAAUGGAUUACUGCAUUUAAAAUGUGUGCUCAAAAAAAUAGUGAGUUAACAGAAGUUCAAGGUAGAAUGCACCGUUGGUAUUCUUGCUCACAUAAUCGUCCAACAUUUUGUAAUGUUUGUAAACAGCUGCUGUAUGGAGUGACUGCAAAAGGACUUUCUUGUGAAGUGUGCAGAUUUAAGUCUCACAAAAGUUGUGCAUCAAAUGCACCUAGAAGCUGCAAGUGGACCACACUGGAUAAUAUUCCCCUAGAAGUUCGUUAUGCUGGUUCCACACAAGAUAUGCCUCAUCAAUGGAUAAUAGGAAAUAUUGUUGACAAGAAAUGUGCUUUUUGUUUGAAGCCUUGUGGUAGCAGAAAAGCUCUACAAGAUUACACUUGUCUUUGGUGCGACUAUAGAGUUCAUGAAGAUUGCAAAGCAGACUUUGAAAAGAACUUUGAAAAAUGUACCCUUGGUCAUAAUUCAUUUUCCAUUAUUAAACCAAUUUCUAUCAAACAGUCAUCAAAAUUUCCAGACUUAUGGGAAAGUGCAAGUACUAAUAAUGGUAGUAGUCCGUUGAUUGUAUUUGUUAAUUCAAAGAGUGGUGACAACCAAGGUGUUCGCUUCAUGAGAAGGUUCAAACAAAUACUUAACCCUGCACAGGUUUUUGACUUAAGUGUUGCUGGUCCAGCUUUUGGUCUUACCAUGUGCAAACAAUUUGAGCAGUUUCGUAUUCUUGUCUGUGGAGGUGAUGGAAGUGUUGGAUGGGUUAUGACUGAACUAGAUAAACAAGACCUUACAAACAAGUGUCAACUAGGAGUUCUACCACUAGGAACGGGUAAUGAUCUGGCUCGUGUUUUGGGUUGGGGCACAUCUUGUUAUGAUGUCAGUUUAAUACCUCACAUCUUAAAACAGCUUGAACAUGCAAAGCCAUGUAUGCUUGAUAGGUGGAGCAUUUCAAUUAAAGAAUUUUCUUCAAUAAUACCAAAGGAUUGCUCAUAUUUUGGUUAUGAGGACUCAAUUAUAAUGCAAAUUACCAGAAUGCUGGCAACAAAUGAUCAUGGCGUUGUUCUGCAAUCUGCAAAAAUGUUAUAUGAAAUUUUCUGCCAUUUUGUUGAGUUUGUGAAAAAGUCCACUCUUUCAAUAGAUGAAGAUAAAAAAAUUGAUUCAGACUCUCUUAAAAAUAAAUGUUUAAUACUUCAGAAUAAACUAGAAACUCUCUUUCAAACAUUAAAAAUAGAAUCAAAUUCAAGUUUAAUACUUUCUAAAUCAUGGCCCAAACAUGAAAGACCUGUUCCUGAUAAGUGUAGAAGUAACACAAUGGAGAAUGUUGAACUUUCUUCAUGUAAGAAUCUAGGUGAAAAAAAAAAAUAUCACAGUGAUAUAACAUUAACAGAAGACGAUAUUAAAAAAAGUCAUAGUUCAAUAAAAUUUAUUUCAAAGGAACAUUUAUGGUCACGUGCAAACAGUUUAAAAAGUGCCCUAAGAGAUAUAAUAGAUCAUACUGAAAAAGUGCUUGGUAGCCAGGAGACUGUUGAAGCAAUCAACAACUCUAAUAUGACAAACAAUAAAUUAGACAUCAGACCUAAUGAUGUAUGUAAUGGUAUAGAACCUAUUGAAAAUGAGCUUCAGAAAAAAGAAAAAAAUAUCUCUGGAAAUCCUAAUGCUACUGUUCCUCAAUCUUCACCAUUUUUAAACUUGCAAAAUAUUGCAAUGCGAUGUAAGAAGACAUCCAAUACUGUUGUUUUUCCUGGAACUGUUAUAGCACGUGCUUUUCAGAAGCCUGACAAUUGUGUAAGCUUUAUUAGCAAAGCUAUUUUAGCAAAUACAAGUGCUAUUUGUGCAACUGCUGUUGCUGGAAUGGAAGGACAUGAGCAAAUUUUUAGAAAGAACUUCAAUGAGAAAUGUGUUAUGAACAAUUAUUUUGGUAUAGGCAUUGAUGCAAAGAUUGCUUUGGAUUUUCAUAAUAAAAGGGAAGAACACCCUGAAAAAUAUAGGAGUCGUACAAAAAAUAUGAUAUGGUAUGGUGUACUUGGUGGUAAAGAAAUUGUGAAUAGAACGUACAGAAACUUGGAUCAAAAUGUUCAUCUGGAGGUUGACGGACAUAAGAUAAAUUUACCCAGUUUACAAGGCAUUGUUGUACUCAACAUACAGAGUUACAUUGGUGGCUCGAACUUUUGGGGAACAAAAAAAGAGCUAGAUGGUUUUACUUUACCAUCAUUUGAUGAUAAAAUGCUUGAAGUUGUUGCUGUACUUGGAGCAAGUCAAAUGGGUAUGUCUAAAGUGUUUGGUGGCAUGCAGCAUCAUAGAAUAUCACAGUGUCACAGCGUAAAAAUUACAAUAACUGAUGAAGAAGUUCCUGUUCAAGUUGAUGGUGAAGCUUGGAUGCAACCUCCUGGAAUAAUUCAGAUUAUUCAUAAAAACAGAGCUACUAUGCUUAAAAAGGAUCGAGAUUUUGAAGAAGCUCUACGCUCUUGGAAUGAACCAAGCAGACACUGUAAAUGUAAUUAUAGAGCUUUGAGUGGACAUGAAGUAAAGCUAUUAAAGCCUGUUGCAAUUGCUGUUUUAGUUCUUGUCAAGAAUGUGAAAGCUGCUUCCUUAAUCAAUGAUGUCCAUCAAGAACUUUAUGAACUUGCUUCAUCAUUAAAGCAAAUGGCUGAGAAAUUUCAAAGUUUUAAUUCUACUUGCAACACUCAAGAGGCUGCAGAGUUUUUAACAUUAUCAAAGUCAUUCAUUAAUGAAGUCAAUGAAAAAUUGUGGAUUUCCAAACCAAUGUUGUCCGAAGAAUUAGAGUAUGGUAUUAACUCAGCUCUUAAAAAGGCCAAUCAAGAGUUAAACUUUUACUAUGAGCAGUUUGAAAACAAAGAUUCUGAUGAUGAGAUGGAAACUUCAUCCCAAUUAAGCAAUAAUAAAAUGAUGAACAGUUUUAACCGAAAUGCUGUUUCAUGUCGAUUUUUUUCUCCUUCUGACGCAUAUGAGUGUCUUGAUAAGAAGUCUUUAACUGAUUGGACAAGUAAUGACGUCAGUUUGUGGUUGGAUAAAAUUGGGUAUGGAGAGUAUAAAGAUAUUUUUUUUACUAAUAAGAUUAGAAGUGGCAGAGAACUAAUUGGUUUAAACGAAAAAGAUCUGACGGACUUUGGAAUUUCACAUGAUAAAGUAAAGCACAUAAUAAACCAACUUAAAGAUCUAAAGCACACUCAAAAAACAAAAACUAAAUGGACUCGAAAAACUGUUCUGUGAAUGGUUCUUUUGAUGUAGUGAACUCGCAUGAAUUUGCAUUUAAGAUUCUGUAACUCGCAACGUUAAUUGGUCUUAUAAAUAGACUUGCAACAAUUUCUAACUUAUAUUUAUAUAUAUAAAUUAUAUUAGUAUUUCUGGAAAUACUAUUUUUGAAUUUUUAUCUGUUUUUCGAAUCUCGUGUGAAAUUGUGAUUUGGUUGAGCCAAUCACGUUUUAAGCAUAUGCAAAUGCACGUUUAGAUGUUACACAACAGUUUAUUUAUAUCGAAUUUCAAAGCUUUAUUUAAUAAGGGCUGUGCCUUGAUAAUGAAUUUUUUGACGGAAGAAUCUUUGUAAUUUAUUUGUUGAUAAAAUAUAAUUACACAUUCUACUA